CGGCAGAAUCUCAACGGCGAUAAUAGUCAUCCCACCGAUCCAUACCCACCACUGUUGGAUCUCCUCUUGACGGAGCUACCCGGAGUCUCCCGCCGCAGCGCUCGCGUCUUCCUCCACGGCGUCGGGCGAGAAGGCCUCAUGCUGAAAGUGAAAGCCUUCGCGAUGCGUCUCUUCCACCUCGGCCUCUCCUCUCACUUAGUCUCCGACGUGACCACGCCUCCGAUCUCAUCUCCCGAUCUCCUCAUCGCCUCAGCCGGUCCCGGACGAUUCUCCACCGUCGAUGUGAUUUGCUCCAUCGCGAAAUCGUGCGGUGCUAAGGUUGUGCUCAUCACCGCGCAGCCGGAGAGAGCUUCUUGUGUGAAGCAGACGACGGAUGUGUGUUAUGUCCCGGCGCAGACGUGGCAAGUGACGGCGGAGGUGCGGCGGAGAAGGGAUGAAUAAGGUUUCUGGUAAUGGGCUGAA